AUGGCUUCACAGAAGCGACCCUCCCAGAGGCACGGAUCAAAGUACCUGGCCACAGCAAGUACCAUGGACCAUGCCAGACAUGGCUUCCUCCCGAGACACAGGGACACGGGCUUCUUCGACUCGCUGGGGCGGUUCUUUGCCGGUGACAGGGCUGUGCCUAAGAGGGGCUCCGGCAAGGUACCCUGGCUAAAGCAGGGCAGGAGUUCUGUGCCCACUUCUCCCCAGAGCCCACCGGGGCUGUGCAGCUUGUACAAGGACACACACCACGCUGCCAGGACCGGCCACUACGGCUCCUUGCCCCAGAAGUCCCGGCCCCACGAUGAGAACCCCGUAGUCCACUUUUUCAAGAACAUUGUGACACCCCGCACACCGCCUCCCUCACAAGGAAAGGGAAGAGGAUUAUCCCUCAGCCGAUUUAGCUGGGGAGCCGAGGGGCAGAAGCCGGGAUUUGGCUAUGGAGGCCGAGCAUCCACCUCAGCGCACAAGGGGUUCAAGGGCGCCCACGACACCCAGAGCACGCUGUCCAAAUUCUUCAAGCUGGGAGGAAGCCGUUCUGGAUCACCCAUGACGAGACGCUGA